AUGUCUGAUGACAUCACUGCCGCAAUUAUCACCAUAGUCAACGGCCAAUACGUUCAGAACUGUUGCUACAUUGCUGCAUUUGCGAUCUACCUGUUUGACCAUGCCAUCACGCUUGGGGAUCAGAUUGACCACAUAUGGCGCCGACGCUUUUCUGGGGUGACGGCGCUGUUCAUCGCGCUUCACCUCUCGACCAUCGCGGUUGAUUGGAUAGCAGACAUUCUGUAUGGGAUCGCUGGGCUGAUUCAAGGCCUUGUUGUUGGAGCUAUCGGUGCUCUGCGUAUCUAUGCCAUCAACGGAUGUGACUGGCGGCUGCCUACGCUUAUUUUCUUUCUAUCGUUCUUGACUCUGGUUAGCACCGUUUACUACUGUGUGUCUCUUACGACAGGGUCUCUGCUGCCGUACAUCAAUGCCUGUGUCAUCUACCCGACUAAUCCGGAGAUAUACACCAAUCACCUGUGUACUGCCCAGAUGUGCGUACACCUUCGUAUCAUUACCGUCGUAGCUCAAGUAACACUGGGAUCGUUCUCGCAUAACUGUACACCAGUGUUCAUCGUCUCUUCUGCAUGUUCCAUCGUAGCAGAGGCCCUCGUCGUGCUCAGCACGUGGAGAUAUACCUACGGCAUGAAGAAGCUCGCACGGGAAGUCAAUCAAGAGGUCUCGCUGACAUACCUCCUCCUUAGAGACGGUACGAUAUACUUCGUUAUGGUGCUCUUCUUGGAGGUGUUCGCUGCGAUUGGCCAAUAUGUAACGGUCUUCGCAGGCGUCUCUGGGUUCACAUUCGCGCUUGUGACGGUCGUCCUCUCGCGAUUCAUCCUCAACCUCCGACGUGCCGCUCUCCGGCUGACGGUUGAAAAGCAUCCCGGGCGAGGGACGAACUCGACAUCUGCUUCCGGCCCACUUUCCUCCAUAUCAGAGCUCCAGUUCAACUCGCGCAUUCUCGGCAGCCUCGGUGGUUCCCUGGCGUUUGGCUCGAGCGAUGAUGAUGACAAGACAGGCAGCGCGGAUGAAUCGCUAGACGUGGAGGUGGAGGAAGCGGAUGAGGCGGAAGAGCUGACGGUGGAUGCAAUCACGCAAGAAGAGAGGUGUAUAUCCGUCUCAUGA